GCCGUCAAUUUACCAUUCCUUUUUGCUCCUUAUUUUUGACAUGCUGCAAUUUGCAUUUUGUUUAUAUUGGAUUAAACAUUAUGGAUUCAGCAAAUGAGUCGUCUUUACGCAAUUUGUUACAAGCUCCUCCGCAUAAUAAACAGCCAAAUCCACAUAGCACGCUACAACCGCAGCAGCCGGCCGUCACACCUUUUGUUGAACCCAAAGAUGUACAGCAUGAAGUAAAACUGCAAAACGUGGUAGCCACAGUCUCAGUUGCUUGCGAAUUGAAUCUUCAGGAUAUAAAUUUUCGCACGCGUAAUUCUGAAUAUACGCCAUCACGCUUUCAUGGUGUUGUAAUGCGCAUGCGAGAACCACGCUGUACAGCGCUUAUAUUCCGCACCGGCAAAAUAAUUUGCACAGGAGCACGCAACGAAGGUGAAGCCAAUUUGGGCGCUAGAAAAUUUGCACGAAUUCUACAAAAGCUCGGUUAUCCCGUGAAGUUUGUUGAUUUCAAACUACAAAAUAUUGUAGCCACUGUAGACUUAAGGUUCCCUAUACGCCUGGAAAACUUAAAUCAAAUGCAUGGUCAAUUUAGCUCAUACGAGCCUGAACUGUUUCCUGGCCUAAUUUAUAGGAUGGUUAAUCCGCGGAUGGUGCUUUUAAUAUUCGUCAAUGGUAAAAUUGUAUUUACCGGUGCCAAAGCGCGGAAGGAUAUAAUGGAUUGUCUAGAUAAGAUAUAUCCUACCUUACUUAGCUUCCGAAAGAAUUAAGGCUGUUGCAUGUAGUAUUGUAAGGAAUUAUUUUUUAUUUUGUCAUGUGUGCUACGUUAGCUAUAUUGUAAUAUUUAUGGACAUAUAUGUUUACCUAUUUUGUUUAUUUGCAUAUUUAUUGUAAUGUAGUUAAAACCGAUUUUGCUGUAAGGAGCGGACACGACUUUACAAAGGUUGAAGUUGUGCGCUUAUAUAAUAUGUAGAACAUGAUACAAAUAUUUAAAUGCUUUUUUUUAUGAAAUAGACUUAAUAUCUUUCAGAUCCGGAGAAUUACUGAGGA